AUGGAUAUCACCGCGGAGCCGCCCUCAGAAGAAGAAAUAGAAAGACCAGUGAAUCAGUUAAAAAAUGGAAAAGCUGCAGGAAUAGACCAUAUGACAGCUGAGCUGCUGAAAACUAAUAAGAUAAUUACAAUUAUAAAAGCUAUGUAUGAAGACUUCAACAGUGCCAUAAGGAAUGGUGAAAAACUAAGCAACUGGUCCAGAUGUAUAGAAUGUCAUGUUGACAUGGGCAUUGCCACAAGAUACGCCAACAUUCUCAAGGCAAUUACAGGGGACAACAUGAAAUUAACCAAGAGGCUAAAGAAAAUGGAGAUGAAGCUGAUCAGCAAGAAGCAGUGCUCCGAGUGGCUCCCGGAGCUAACGGAGAACAUGCUGUGCGCUGGCUCCGCGGAAGGAAGGAAGGAUGCCUGCCAGGGAGACCGCGGGGGACCUUUGGUUUGCACCUAUGGAGACGUCAUGAAGUGGUUUGCACUUGGCAUAGUCAGCUGGGGAGAAGGCUGCGGGGAAAAACAGCAUCCCGGAAUGUACACCUUCAUUUUCAACUACUUGGAGUGGAUCCAGGUGGAGACGGCCAGGGAAGGGAAGCCUUUCAUCCCCCAAGGACUGGAUAACAUCACGAUUUCCAAGCGGCUUCACUCCAGCGCUGGGAAGCAGCCUGCACCUCCUGCUUCUUCGCGCCUUUUGUUUUUCUAUGUUAUUAUUUUGCUAGUGAUGAUUUUUAAAUCAUAA